GAAAUCUGCAAUUACCAAAUUGGUCAUGGUUUGCUUUUUCAGAUCAAAAUUUGCAUCAUAUCCGAUUGCGUAAUUUGGCUCAGAAAAUAUUUUUGGUAUACCGAGAUGCUUUAAUAAAUUUAUCAUACGAAACUGAAAGUCAAAGUAGUACCGAAGGCCAAAAGUCUUACCAAAAUCAAAAGUCUUAUCAAAAAAAUCAGAAGCUUUAUCGAAGCAAGACUGAGAAUGUUAGGUCAAAAAAAUAG